AUGCGAAACCCUGACCUCCCCUUGAGUGGGAAUAUCAUUUCGGCCACGUUCAAUAUCCCCCACUCCUUCAAAUAUCAUCAGGCUCCGAUUGGUAGCGAGUUCUUGCGUUGUCUGCCCCGGCGUAAGGAGAUUCUUGAGGGUGUCCUCGGCUCCAACCUCAUCGGAUUCCAGUCGUACAGCUACUCGCGUCAUUUCUCCAGCUGCUGCACACGCAUUCUGGGGUUCCCAUCCGACAACCUUGGAGUCGAUGCCUACGGAGCUCGCGUCCAUGUCGGCGUCUUUCCUAUUGGCAUUGCCGCUGCAAAGUGCGAGUCAUAUGCCUGGUCUGAAGCUGUCACCGAAAAGUAUGACGCCCUCAAGAAGAUGUAUCAUGGGAAAAAGAUCAUUGUUGGUCGUGACCGCCUCGAUAGCGUCAGAGGCGUUGCACAGAAGCUCCAGGCGUUCGAGCGCUUCCUGGAAGUCUACCCCGAAUGGCGCGAGAAGGUCGUCCUCAUCCAAGUUACGUCACCAACCGGUCUUGAGUCUGAGAAGGAGGACAACGAUAGCAAAAGCAAGAUUGCGACCCGUGUCAAUGAGCUCGUGAUGAGGAUCAAUGGCAUGUACGGAAGCUUGGGCUUCUCACCGGUUCAGCACUACCCGCAGUAUCUCACUCCUGAUGAGUACUUUGCGCUUCUUCGUGCAGGCGACAUCGGUCUCAUCACCUCGGUGCGUGAUGGCAUGAACACGACGAGUCUGGAAUACGUCAUUUGCCAGCGCGACAGCCAUGGACCUUUGAUUAUUUCCGAGUUUAGCGGUACCGCUGGCAGCUUGAAGGACGCCAUCCACAUCAACCCAUGGGAUCUUACUGACUUGUUCACGUCAUGGCCCAGCGAGAAGAGCGUCGUCUCGACGCCUCUGCUUGACCGCACCUUGAUGCUCAAGACUUAUCGCGAUGCCAAGAAGCGUCUCAUCAUGUUCGACUACGAUGGAACCCUGACUCCCAUCGUGCGCGAGCCGAGCGCCGCAAUUCCCUCAGAGCGUGUGCUGCACACCCUGACGGCGCUGGCGGCCGACCCGAAGAACGCUGUCUGGAUCAUUUCGGGGCGCGACCAAGAAUUCCUGUCGCAGCACCUGGGACACAUCCAUGGCCUCGGUUUCAGCGCCGAGCAUGGCAGUUUCUUGAAGGACCCCGGCUCUGAGGACUGGAUUAACCUUGCCGAUGAAUUUGACAUGGGCUGGCAGACCGAGGUCAUUGACGUGUUCCAGCGAUACACCGACCGUGUGCCAGGUGCCUUCAUUGAACGCAAGCGAUGUGCCGUGACAUGGCACUAUCGCCUUGCGGACCCUGAACAGGGUGUUCACAUGGCCCGCGACUGCCAACACGAGCUCCAGACGACGGUGGCUAAGAAGUGGGAGGUCGAGGUCAUGGUCGGUAAGGCCAACCUUGAGGUCCGCCCAACAUUCAUCAACAAGGGCGAGAUUGCGAAACGCCUCGUACACACCUACAACGAGAAGAGCGCAGCCGAAGGACACGGUGGCAGGGUUGAAUUCGUCUUCUGCUUGGGUGACGACUUUACCGACGAAGACAUGUUCCGCUCGCUGAACGGCAUGUCGGGCAACGAGGUCGAGAACGAACACGUUUUCACGGUGACCGUGGGGGCGAGCACCAAGGUGACCUUGGCGCGCUGGCACUUAUUGGAACCUUCGGAUGUCAUUGAAUGCACGGCGCUUCUUGCUGGCGUAGGUCCGAGUGGCGAAGCACACGAGCAUUUCGGCCAGGUCAAUCUUGCCACGCUGAGCGCAGUGGAGGGACAAAUCCCUGAGAGUGCCAAGUGA